CAAUUAACUGACGUGUGUACUUUGCAAGAUAAAGAAAAUAAUACAACCAUAGACCCUAAAAUACCCGAAAUUUAUACUUGACAUGAGUGAAAAAAAUAUAGGAAUGACAAUUUUUAAGCAAUGUAUAACAGGUGUAAUUGUUGCAAUCAUCGUUGGAUCUAUUUUCGUUUUCGAUGCAACGUUAAAGGAUUUCCUACGAGAAGCAAGGAUUCGUGACGAACAGUUAGCGUUUCUUAAGCAAAAGGUCAACAAAUACGAUAAAGAUUUUUCACUUGUAGAAGAGGAAAACAAGGAAUUUAAACAAUUGCUAAGGCAACUGAACAAAGAAUUGUCACUCAUCAAACAGAACAACACAGAUCUCCAUCGAGAAGCAAGGGUACGGGACGAACAGUUAGUUUUUCUUAAGCAGAAAGUCAAUAAACAUGAUGAAGAGUUUCCGCUCCUGCAAGAGAAAAACAAGGAAUUACACCUAUCGUUAACGCAGCUGAAAGACGAAUUAUCAAUAAUUAAACAGAAAAAGACAGAACAUUAUUUUGGCGAGUGCCUGUGGUCAGAUUACGUGAACAAUUUUGACCAGGAAUUUACCUACGCCCCCGAGAGCUAUGUCAUUUCCGGUGUUAGUAGCUAUCAUCAGAACGCUCAGGAGGAUCGUCGGUUUAAGUUUAAAGUGUGCAAGCUGCUGAGAAGAUAAAGAAUUUUAAUAAAAAUUUUUCCGAGUCCUUUGUUACGGAAUUGACUCUUCGAUCAAUACUUCGUUAUAUACGAGGGGUGUUAGGAAAGUUCGCGGACAAGUUCUAUUGUGAGCGCGCUAUUUCCACGAAACCAGUCAAACUUUCCAGAUAAAAUCUUAACCUAUUUUCCAAUAAAUAUAAAAAAAAUUGGUGCUCUCAAGUGAUCAUUGAAAAAUAUACAGCUUUUUAAUUUUGAUUAAACUUGCUUGACGGAGCAUGUUACA